AUGAAUGAGAACAAUGAGUUCCGACUGCUGACUAGUUUCGUCCUACCAGCCCAGGUGCUCGAAGAUGGUGGCCCGGACGCAAUAUCACACGGGAUGCCGACCCUAGAUCUUCACCUUGCUCGGCUUUCGAUCGGACAUCAAGCAAUGGCUAGUGCGAUACCAGAGUCCUGGUGCGCAAAGGAAUCUGCGAUCGGUUCAGAUUCGAUUAUGAACGCUCUCGAUUCUACAAUCCGGUCGCAUAGGGCAGGUUCUACUGCUGCCCAUUCGCUGAGAGUUCGACUGACCGUCGGUCCAUCCCAUGCGGUUUCUUUGGUGACUUCUGACAUGCCAUCGGUCUCUCAAAUGAAGCUAUUGGUUUCUAUUGAUGAUCGCCCAACAACUUACCAAGGCGAUCCGUUUUUACUCACAAAAACUACACAUCGAACUCAUUAUGAUCACACAAGACUGAGACAUGGAGCUACAUAUGAACCAAAAGAAGGAGACAUAUUUGAUGUGUUGAUGUACAACGAAUCCAGACAAAUUACCGAAACAACGAUUUCGAACGUAGCAGUAAGAAGAAAACGCCAGCCAGCCUUCUCCAAGGACGAAAACGGCUUGAUUUAUCCUUGGAUAACACCACGCUUGAGCUGCGGUCUUUUGAAUGGAGUCCGAAGACAGUUUUUACUCAAGCAACAUGAAAUUGUUGAGGGCAUCAUUAUGCUUGAUGAUUUGAUCAACCAAGGGCUUGAAAAUUGGGAGGUGAUGUGUUUCAAUGAAGUGAGAGGUUCAUACCACGUCAGCUUGAUUCAUCAUAACGGAAACUCGCCAACUUCAUAG